CCUUGCAGUGUCGGUCUCCAUCAUUCCAAGCUUACGGAAAGUAGUCCAAUGGAUCUCAUCUUUCCUGAUAUUAAUCACCUUUAUGGCUUCAUUCUCCUGCUCAUCUUCUAUUGUCUUCAUCUUCGCUCUAAACAACCCGUCUCCCCUAAAGGAUGUCGCCGCCUUGGUCUCUCGGCAGACCGCAGCAAUAUUCAAGAUGAAUAUGAUCCCAAGUACAGCCAGGGUGUAUCAAAAUCCCAAACCGACGCUCAUGGGAAUCCCGCCUGGCGCAUCAAGGCGCUUUUUACAUAUCCGAUCAAAAGCUGCGCCGGCGUCGAGCUAGACGUCGGGGAUGUUGUCCCCACCGGACUGAAAUAUGACCGACAAUUCUGCUUUGCCGAGUAUAUGACCCCCCAGCCCGGGUCUACUGGCAAUGCAGGGCCGACACGUCCGCACUGGACCAUGCGAACCAUGCGCGAAGGACCUUUCUGUCGCCUAGCGCUGAUUCACCCCGAGAUUUGGGUCCCAGACCCGACAGCCCACGACUACCAUGCGGAGCUGGAGGAGGUGAAAUCGCAAGGCGUGCUGAUCAUCAAGUACCCACGUCCAUCUGACAGCGGAGUCCUCUUCUCUCUCAGAAAACUGGCAAUCUUCCUCGGCAUCAUCCCCUCUCACCUUUCUUUCCGAGUCCCGUUAUCUCCCCCUGCAUCCCGUCUGGAUACAUAUCCUUCCACCCCGGUCAAGGUCUGGAAAGAUGCACCAUUCGCCUACGACUACGCGCAACAUGUCCCCUCUUCCCUGCGCGACUUCCUCUGUCCUUCAGAUCCGUCUUCUUCUCCUCGCGGCCCGGUCACCCUCUUCCGAGUCGAUCCGUCUCACCACAGGGAGAUCUUCCGUUGCGCGCCACGCAAAGAGGAGCUGGGCUUCCAGACCGUCACCGGCUUCGCAGAUGCCUACCCGCUGCAUAUGCUGAACUUAGCCAGCGUGCAAGAUGUGGCCACCAGAUGCGCGGAGUCAAUCCCACGAUUAUCUAUCCGCCGAUUCCGAGCAAACAUCAUUAUCCAGGGUCCGGAGGCGUACGCGGAAGACGAGUGGAAGCGCAUCUGGAUAUCACCAUCAUCAAAUUCCAUCUCAAAAUCUCAGGAUCAACCGCAUUACUCAAACCAGCAUGUUAAAGACCCAGAAGCCGGCGUGGAAAUCUACACGGUCUGCCGUACCAUGCGCUGUAAGCUUCCUAACGUUGAUCCGGACACCGGCAUCCGUCAUCGCAAUGAACCCGAUCGCACGCUCAAAUCCUAUCGUUGCAUCGAUCCCGGUGACUAUACGAAUGCAGCACUGGGUAUGCAGCUUGUUCCGGCUGCUCAAGAGUUUACCCUCUCAGUCGGGGACGCCGUGUCCGUCCUGGAAACGGGAGAGCAUUUCUAUAUCAAGAUGUUAGCGCCGGGAGAAAAGGUUGAGGGUGUCUAAUUGCUCGCUGCAUUCACGUAGAGCCAUGAUAUGGGUAUUUGGGGAUAUCGUGGAAUAAUUUGUACAAUAAAUGUCGCGGUAUACGUAUAGACAAUCCUAUUCAAUGUAGUUUUCAUUCCUCGCACUCA